AGGGGUUUGAGCUCCUUCCUGAGAAAUUGGAUCGUCGUGAUUCUCAAGUUUCAUCUGUGCUAAAAAAAAAAAAAAAAAAAAAAAAAGGUGGAGAAGGGAUAGAAGAGAAAGGACUGGGCGAAGACUUUACUGUAAGAGGAGAAUCCGAUUGACCAGAAGGUCCUCAGUGAACGUCCAUCAUGUCAUUGACAAUUUGAGAGAGAGAGAGAGAGAUUGAGAGAGAGAGAGAGAGAGAGAGAGAGAGAGAGAGAGAGAGAGAGAGAGAGAGAGAGAGGAGUAGGAGUCAUAGCGAAAGAACGGUGUUGAAGAGUGGAGACAAGAAGAGAAGAGAGGAGGAACAACGAGAGGAAGGGUGAGAGAGACGAGAGGGAGCCCGGCAUGUAAAGCGUGGAGGCUAUUGGAUGCAGUCUGGAGAAAGAGGAAGCGAGAAUUGACCCAGCAUGCGAGGUCGGCAACGAUUUUGCAUGCUCUGCUGCAGUGUUGAUAUCCCUCCGUCCACAUGAUCAGCAGUGGAAAACGGUUGUUUCCAUAUGAGCAUCAUCCCCUUGACAGCGACUUCCUUACUGAGAACGGCACGGCUAUGGAGCAGCCACCGUCCCAGCUGAAGGUGGUGCCCGCUGGCUCAGGCGGAACAACGGCAAGUCUUAGAGAGGACCAACCAACUCCCAUGGCGUGCCAGGAGUGUGGGAACCGAGCGAAGCGAGACUGCAACUACAACCGCUGCCGUACGUGUUGCAAGAGUCGAGGGUUUGUAUGCCCAACUCAUGUCAAGAGCACAUGGGUUCCCGCUGCAAAGCGCCGAGAAAAGCAGCGAGCGGAAGCCAUCAACCAUACCAACAGCCCUGAUCAUCUUCUCGCCUCCUUGGAGAAGGUCAAUCGCUCCAGUUCUUCGUCCCUCCCGACGUGUUCGUCAUCUACCAUUCUCACUUCUUCUCAGGGACGUCCCAGCCUGCUGGCACUAGGUCCAGCGCCAGACAUGAUGGCUAUGACUGCAGGUGUCGGUGGCAAUAAGGUAUCAUCGCUACCAUCGGAGAUAACAGCGCACACUCUUCUUAAGAGCGUCAAAAUGACGGGUAUUGUCGAUGGAGUGCUAGAAGUGGGGUAUCAUGCUUCUACAAAGAUUGGCGGUCAAGUGUUCAAAGGUGUGUUAUUUAACGCCGGACCCGACACAUGUUGCGCAAGCAACUCAGAUAGUCAUCCGGCGUUGACGGAUCCUAGCCUGCUUGCUCUCAAGAGCGCACCGAGCGCGGCACUUCUAGAGUCCACAGGGUUGUAUGGGCAUAACUUGGCUCUGCUUGGAAGCCACUUGAAGAGGGAAGAUAACCCCGCCACUGCCGCGGGCGUGCAAUCGAUGGUUAGAAGCCUACUUAGUCGCGAGUACUGGGACAACAGUGGGCAGUGUGGUGUCUGGGGCCAUCAUCAUGCAACUAACGCUAAGUACACCGGCGAUUCCACGUAGUCGUGGUCAUGAGAGUCGGUUUCCUCUUUCUCUCUUGCUACUUUCGAUCGUCUGGGACAAUCUGGGGCCAUAGUAUGCCGCGAGCACUGGGACAACAACAGUGGUCAGUGUGGUGUCUGGCUGGGGCCAUCAUCAUGUUGUGACUCACGCUAAGUACACCAGCGAUUCCACCAAGUUGUGGUCAUGAGACUCAGUUGCCUCUUCCUCUAUGAGUACUUUGGACCGUCUGGGACAAUGUGGGACUAUAUGGGACCAUCAUCAUCCCUGUUAACUCUAAGUAUACGGCAGACCCCUUGUAGCUGUGGUGAUGAGUUUGCUCUCAGUCAGUGCUAAAGAGUGAGGCCAAGGCCAAUGAUCUAUUCAACGGCCGGGAUCGUGCCACUGGAUCAUUUGGAUUGGGAGCCUCCAUUAGCUUUCCAGAUACAAUUUCCGGUGCGGAAGGUUCUUCUCUGUGGUGGAGGUUGGGGAGAGGGAGGAGAGGAUGAGAAGGGGAGGACGGGAGGAGAAGAGGAGAGAAGAGGAGGAGAAGGAGAAGGAGGAGGGAAGCAGUCUGCAGCUGUUGAUUCAGUUGCUUCAGCAUCACACCAGUCUUCAUAUCACAGUAAUGGGGUCAGUCAUGGGGUCAGGAUCAUCUGAGCGACGGCAAUAGCCAACGAGGAUGAAACAAAGGGUCGAACGCUUCUGAGCACCGACGGAAUGCAAUGGCCAGGAAUUUAUGAUAUUAUUUCUGUGUCUACGCAAUGCUCCGUCCACACUGCUCACAGCAAUGCCAGUGUGCUCUCAGUCAGCUCAGCUUCAUCGGUGGUCCAAUGGAUCCCAUUGCUGGGGGAACAUUCUAGUGUGCCCUUACCCGGGUUACCCCCCUCAUUCACAAAUACGGCUUUAAGUUAGUUGGAGGGUAUUCUAGUGGAUCUCCUUCCUGUAAUUGCCAAACCGCAGAUGCAUGGUGUGGAGGGCGUUGACGCCUGCUGGAGGAUGCACUAUGUUGACCAUAGGCUUCCACUAAGGCCAUAUUCACACUAGGACUAUUUGGAAUGAAUCUGGCAAAGAAUUCUAGUCAGCUACUUUCUGCAAAGUCCUAGCGUGAGCAUGAGCCAUAAGGUGUAAGAUUGAAAGUGCAUUUUGUGCUGCUCAACAAUGCGAGGGUCAGUUUUAUCGGCAAUUGAGGAUGGCAAGCGCGGGGCCAGAAACAUGGGAAGCGGGUCCGGGACCAUCAGAAGACCACAAAUGCAACGUAGUAACAACAACAGCACUUAUGCACUGUGCUGGAGGUUUGAGCAUAACACCCUUUCAGCGGUCGGUCAAGCAUGCUUCCGAGUGCCCCACUGGCGAUAUGUUCAUGCUAAGAACACACGAAUGUGACAAAAGAUUAUGACCAGGUUCAGGACUCCCAGCAUGAACAUAGCACCAGUUGGGCCUGACCCUGUGGCUGUGAACGUACAUCCAGCAUCUCAGACUUCUUUCGACUAUCACCCCGGGGAGGACAAUGUGGACUGGUUCAUAAUAGUUACGUAUUACUCAACCUGAAGCCGCAAGAUCAGCUAGGCAGAUUUGUGGUGGUUUGUGGUGGUCCCCACCACAAAUCGGCCAUGAUGCACGAGCCUUAAGGGUGGUGGUCCCCACUCAAAAGAAGCUGGACUUGAAGUGCAUGUUGUGGCGGCUGCAUUGACUGUUUAGCUGAGCUGCUUUCUUAGCUCAGUCGGAUAGAGCAACGACCAAGUACGUGGUGUCGAACACCUAGCACUUCUUCAAGAUGGGAUGUGGUGGUCCCCACUGGUGGAUAAUGAUGUGACGAGGGUCAUUUCUAAAGGUGCAGAAUUGAUGAAGUAAAAAGGAUGGUAGAGGGCCUUCUGAUGAUAGUUUUUUUUUGGGGGGGGGGGGGGGUGGAGGAGGAGGAAGGGGGCGUGUGAAGGGUAAGUGGGAAGGGGAGGGGAGGGGAGGGAGGGGAGUGUCCAUGGAUCUUUUGAAGAGAUUUUCUAACUUAACUUUCUUUGAGGAUUUUGGUUGGUGUGUAAUGGAACUCUCACAGUCUCUCAGAGCUUCAACUUUGACGAUUAGGAUUGCAAAAGGUUUCCUGCCCAUUGGGUUGUGAGCAUGUUAUAGCUGCGACACUUGUAGUGUUUAGACUCUAGAGGCCUCCUUGUAGUUGUGUUUAGAGGGUUUUCAGGAUGACAUUGUGUGACGUUUAGAGUCCCUUAGACCCUUUUGUAGGAUUAGAGGUUAUCAGCCGUUAGGGUGGGCAUACGUGGGACUAUCAGAUUAAUGUUUAGCAGCACACUCAUCAACAACCAACCAGAGACUGAACGCGUAGUACUAGGUAACUAGCCCAUUGCCUUCAUGGCCAUGUAUUAGAUGGAAAUACGACAUAACGGACACGGACUGGGAGCAUCAUCGGUCAAACGCUUGAGCAGCUGGAGUACCUCCACAGUUUUGGGACGUUAACGCGGUGGCUGAAUCGGUUUCGCCGCGCGGGUCCGUAUGCAUUUGCAUCAGAGCGUCCACAGAGGGGGCCUGAGAACCCCUGGGGUGGUUUAAGUGUUGUAAUCUGCUGGUUGGCUGUGCUCCGCUUAUUUCCAUGACGAAAGUGCUCCUCAGUGGACUUGAGUGAAUGCAGAUUGGUGAGUGAGCAGCUGGCAUAUGGAGUCAACACCUGCAUGUGGCUGUGUGGUAUACACCAAUGAUCUGACAGGCCAAGAGUUCGAAUCCUACUGACGGUGAUGGAUGCAAUAAAGUUACGUGCUUUCCACCCUUUGACAACAACGGAAAAGAGCAGGGCCUGCCUAGUAUGGAGUCAACACCUACGCUCGCAUAACAUCGCGGAGGACAUUACAUGCAGCAAGAAUUGAAAUGUAAGAUUACACCUCGCGCCUUACCCCCUUGUACCUUGUCCACUCACGUACAUGGAUAUUGGCGUGGAGAAGAAUCGGCAUUCAAACCAGAGAUCAGGGUAUCCGAUGCCGUCAGAGAGAGAAGCAGCAAUAACAAGAGAGCAUCAGGACAGAAAUUGAGGUUGCUUUCUGACCAUGCUCUUAACCACCAAGCCAUACUCGGCACUAUAACAAGGAAUAGUCCUCCUGAUGACAAUCACUCAGGCGGACUGAGUUCUAGAACAGAACCAUGGCUUGGAACUAGUUGAUACUACUUUCAUACUAGAACAAAAUCCUCAAUUUAUGCUAGUUCUGACUUUAAGUAACUUAGUAGUAAGUACUGAUCCUGGGCCCCUGAAGAUAUAGGUUAGCUUUCCAUGCCAGGCAUUGGUCCCUUAGCGACUGGAAGUGAAAGAAAUAGGUGUGAGAGGAAUAGGAAGACAAGGAGAAGAAGGGACUCAAGGGAGGCAAAAAAAGAGUGAUUUUGAAAGGGUAAGGGCUCUCAAAAUACUAUUUUUGCCCUAUUCAGUGGGAGGCAGUUCUGGCCAGAACCCUAAAAAAGGUGGUCCAUUCCCAACCAGGUGGGAUACAGAAGAUUGGAAGGAAAUUUUGACAAGGAGAAAGGAGACAUCAAAGGUGACAUUUUGAAGGGGGCUUGUUCUUAUAGUGGCAUCAAUAGUUUGUGCUAGUCAUUCAAGGCCUUACCUUGAUAUCAUUUAUUCUAAGUUAUUCCUUUCCAAGAGAGUGGAUAUCAAAAAGGAGAUGCAAAAAAGGAGAAGGGGACAAAAAGGAGACACCUUGAGUGGUGCAGAUGCGCCCUUUCGCUUUGUUAAGGGGUUUGAUGUUAUCUGUGUUGAUUCUUUACGAAAUCAGAAAAGGGGAUAGAUUUAAAGGAGAUACUCUUGAGCUUUAGCUUGGUUUCUUCCUUAUUGUGAUGCCUCAGCUCAUGCUCAUAGAUAUAGUAAUAAUGAUUAUUUUCUUGUUUUACUUUUUCAUCGCCUUACGAUUACAUUUGCCCUCAGCAGGAUUAUAAAGGUUUGACCUUUCAAGUUACAGACCUGCAGGACAAGAGGUACCACAAGAAAGGGAGACAAGACAAGGCCCGGGGGAAAGAAAGAGAGAUGGAAACAAAGGGGAUAGACACGA